AUGGGUGAAGUGAUAAGAAGUAAUGCCGGAUGCUGGACGUGCAGAGUGCGGCGGAAGAAGUGCGACGAGAUCAUGCCGGUGUGUUUGAACUGCGCGUCGCUGCAGCUACCAUGCCACGGAUACGGACCAAAGCCGAUCUGGAUGGACCGGGGCGCGCGGGAGAGACGAGUUGCUCAAGAAUUACGAAACUUGGUGAAGACGAAACGUAAUCUCAGCCUCCGCCGCCGGGGCCAGUCGAGUGAUGCCUCGGAGCCAUCGACCGCGGGGGCUUCACAAAAGACUACGACGUCAACGGAAGCCACGGCUCCAACGGGUUCGGCCCGCGAGCACAAGGAAGUGGCGGAGCAGCUACUAAACAAUGGUAGGCCGUCUAUUCUCACAGAGCCAAUCGAACAUGACCAAGCGGCGUUGCUUAUGCACUUCUUCGAUCACGUUUUGCCUCUUCAGUUCCCUUUCUACAACCCUUCCAUUCAAGAAGGCGGCCGGGGUUGGUUAUUGGCCAUCAUCACCCAGACGAAGCCGCUCUACCAGGUUGCGCUGAACUUGGCUUCUUAUCACCAGCAGUCGGUCUUGGCAAAGGAUAGUGCAUUCUCUUGUGAAAUUAGUCUGGCAAAGUUGGAAGAGCGGCAUAUCGAAUGUAUUAGAUUGCUGCGUCUACAUCUCGACAAGUUUUCAUGCGUUGAAGAAGUCACCACGUAUGAGGAACACACCCAAGUCAUGGUCUGCAUUACGUUCCUCAUUGGAUUAGAACUAUUCAGAGGCGACACGCACGACUGGCAAUUGCAUCUCCAAGCGGCGUCCGCCUUUUCCAGCACAUGCAGAGAAGGUCGGCGCGACAGCAUAUCUUCAUCACCCACACAGAGCCUAGCAACGGUAUUCUUCUUCAGCGUUAUCACUUGGUAUGACAUCCUGUCGUGCGCAUCUACCGGGUUCGAGCCAUUCCUGCCGUUCAUGAAUGAGAUCCGCUUCGAAAAGCUGCAGGGAUGUGAGACCUGGGUCAUGGCUAUCAUCGCCGAAAUUGCACAGCUCAAUAGCCGCAAACAAAUUCAGAAGCGAACCGACCGGUUGAGUAUCGUGGAGGUUGAAAUUGUGAAAGACAUCAGAAGGAGGCUCGAGGUAGGGCUGAGAAGGACGGCCGCAGCUCUUGAUGAGGACUCUAUGUCCCGAACUCUCCAAGUCACCCGCAUAUAUGCCCACGCCGCCAGUGUGUACUUACACGUCAUGGUAUCCGGCCCGCAUCCCGCAAUUCCAGAGAUUCGCCAAGGGGUGUCGAGGACGAUGGUGUCAAUUGUUGCACUUACGUAUCCCCAUCUUAUACGGAACUUGAUGUGGCCGGUUUGCAUUGCAGGAUGCAUGGCUGAAGACGAGCAUGCAUCGUACUGGAGAGAUCUCAUUUCCAGCGUGAGCAAAGAAAAGUGGUCCUUUGGAUAUCCGUCCAAAGUUCUGGAGAUUAUGGAAGAAUGCUGGCGCUUGCGGAAGACUGGCGCGGUGGUGGACUGGUUGGCAGCUAUGGAAAAUCUGAAUAUGAGGGUUCUUCUUGUUUGAUGGCACUCAUAUCCACCGUAGAGGUACGUUCCUCGAAACCCAGAACACUGCCAUAUCAUAAUCUGGGAUGGGCAUAGAAACUCGAUAACCCUAUCGCGGUAGCUUCUAUCAUCUUUAUAGGUAUGUGUCACGGAACAUGAAGCUAUUGCCGUGUACGUGAUGUAUUGGAUGAUGAUGAUGAUGAUAGAGAAGAGAGGGAGGUCUGGAGGAAGGUGAGGCUAUAGGUAUACAAGAGGUGACACGUGCCUGCAGUGGCCCUCACCGC